AUGGUGAAGAAAGAUGAUAAGAUGGAUUGGACGACAGAAGAAAAGAAAGCAUUUGAAGAAAUCAAGUCCACCAUCGUUGAGGAUCCUAUUUUGGUUAGUUCUGAUUAUACAAGACCUUUUUAUGUGUAUUCAUUCUCCUUAGAACAUACUUGUGCUGCAGUCCUUACACAGAAGAGUGAAGAUAAAUAUGAACAUCCCAUAGCAUUUAUGAGUGCACCGUUGAAAGAUGCGGAGUUGAGAUAUCCGAACAUAGAGAAACAAGCUUAUGCUUUGAGCAAGGAGACUCAACAGUGUUCCAACACAGUGAUACUACUAGAGAAUACUCAGCAAUUUCAUGCCACAACAACAUCUGCACCUUCUGAUUUGAAUAAUGAUCAGCCGGAAUCCCCUACUGUCCUUUUGGAAGUUAGUUUGGGAAAUGAGGCAUAUGAUUGGACCAAGAAUAGUCUUGAUGAUAAUGAUGAUGUUAUCUUAGCAUUGAAGGAGCUUGAUCAAGAAAUAUAUCUCGAUGAUGGUAUGGAGAUGGCCGCUAUUCCUGAAUGGCUAAUGAGAAGUAUGCAGAAAAUUAAACAAAUGAUAGAGGUACAACCUAUUGAUGAUAUUCAUGACUACCUGGCUAGGAGUGAUAAGGAGAAGGAGCCCAAAAGAGCAGAGAUUUUGUCGCACAUAGCUAGAAACGAGACAGGAAUACGGAUUGCGCAGAUUGCUAUUCCUAUUGCAGGUGUGACAUCGAACAUUGCUACUCCUAUGGAUUUCCAAAUCACUUCAGUUUCCCUUGGUCAUACAUCUAGAAAGCAGGAAUUUUAG